GUGAUUUUGGAGGGCGCACGAUGCAUGCUCAACGGAGCAAAUAGUUAGCAAAACUUUAUCACCAAGAGUAACAAAGCUUACAAAAUGCCGUUCAAGAUUGAUAUUCAUAAUCACAUUUUGCCAGAAAAGUGGCCAAACUUGAAAGAGAGAUAUGGAUAUGGAGGUUGGAUACAACUUGAGGGACAUUGCAAGGGAAAAGCUAACAUGAUGAAAGAUGAUAAAUUGUUUCGAAUUAUUGAUGAAAACUGUUGGUCUCCUGAGGCACGAUUACGUGACAUGGACAAAACAGGAGUUACUGUUCAAGCAUUAUCAACUGUUCCUGUGAUGUUCAGCUAUUGGGCUAAACCAGAAGAUACUCUAGAUCUCUGUGGUUUACUAAAUGAUGAUCUUGCAAAGACAGUUGCAAAGUAUCCUAAAAGAUUUGUUGGAUUGGGCACCCUACCAAUGCAGGCACCUAAUUUAGCUGUAAAAGAGCUAACAAGAUGUAUCAAAGAGCUUGGUUUUCCUGGUGUUGAGAUUGGCUCACAUGUAAAUGACUGGAACUUGGAUGCUCCUGAAUUAGAACCAGUGUUUGCAAAAGCAGAGGAACUUGGUGCAGCAAUAUUUGUUCAUCCAUGGGAUAUGGAACUUUCUGGAAGAAUGUCAAAAUACUGGUUGCCAUGGUUAGUGGGUAUGCCUGGAGAAACAGCUUUAGCAAUGUGUAGUAUGAUUUUUGGUGGUGUAUUCGAAAGGCAUCCAAAUCUGAGAGUAUGUUUUGCACAUGGUGGAGGCGCUUUUCCGUUUACUUUGGGAAGAAUUGAGCAUGGGUUUAAUGUCAGACCAGACCUUUGUGCCGUGAAUAAUACCGUCAACCCUAGAAAGUAUAUUGGAAAAAUAUUCACUGAUUCGUUGGUACACGACGAUAAAGCACUAAAGUAUUUGGUGGACACCAUAGGCAAGAAUAAUGUUGUCCUUGGUAGUGAUUAUCCUUUUCCACUCGGUGAACACUGUCCCGGUAAACUUAUCGAAACCGUUUUUGACGACGACUUGCAUCUUAGGGACAAACUACUGUCGUCRAAUGCUUUACGAUUYCUUGGUUURAAAGCUAGCCAGUUUGAAGUUAAAGAAACCUAAUAAGCGUCAAACCUACUGACCUAACGAUAUGACCUGUACUUGACCAGUCCUGGCCACUCCAAGGGUUUAUGAAAGCCACUCUAAAAAUAAUACAAGGAUGGGUUUAAAGGCCCAGUUUGCACCAUCAUACUUUGCGUACCUUUGUUAUUGUUUUGAUUUGCACCAAAAUACUUCUAGUAUCCAAAUAUCAUCAUAAAACGAAUUUCAGAUGGUUGAAAACUCUUAUAUUAGCGUUAUAUAUUAGUGUUAUAAAGUGCUUAGAAAAGUGAGAUGCUCAAAGAUUCGAAACACUCAGUACAAUUUAUAGACUUUCGGUAAACUGAAAAUGGCCUCCUCGCGGUCCCCAAACCAUAAUGGUGCACACUGGGCCUUUAAGAAAAGUCAUGUCAUGUAAUGAUAGCAAUCCCUUUUCGAUGUAUUAGGCGAAGCAGUUCGACAGUGUUGCGUAGCUGCUCUAGGGGAGGGGGAGGGGGAGGGAGAAAACGGAAGUGGAGGGGGAAGGGGAGGAGCGGCAAAAAAACCUCCUCCCCUUCCGUUUACUCCUCUUCCCCCCUUCCCUAGAGCCGAUAGGGCUAUAAUUCAGCAACUUUUCCUCCGCUCUCAUUGAUGGACAGUGGAACACGAGACACGAUAGUACACCCGCCGCUUUAAGAGAAUUUGUUGCUGCUGAACUGCGUUCUCGGGCACAGGUACCCCAAUGCUAGGUGUUUUUUCGAAAUAUAUAAAUUUUAAUAAAAGUAAACAUCUCUAUC